CUCUCCACUGCCCUUCCCACCCCCGACAGCCCCCGCCGUGCCCCGGCGCGCUCCGGGUUCCCGGGUCUCCCCGCAGCCGGUACCGGGGGGGCUCGGGAUGCAGGGAUGCUCUGCCAGCCAAUAUCGGGGCGUUCUGGAUGCAGGGAUGCGCUUCCCAGCCGGCAGGAGACCAGCAAGAUGUUUGCCGUCUGCCCGCCCUGCGCCCCAGCGAACGCCCCGUUCCGGGGGGCGCCGGCGCUGGGCACGGCCGUGCCGGGGGCCAGCUGUGGGCAGGACUCCAACUCCAACUUUGUGGGAGAGGUGUGUGACAGCAACGAGAACUGGAGCCAGCCAGCGCCGGGGUCUCUGCCGGAGGAGGGCUCCAGCCAGAGCGAAAACACCACAAAUCCGUCCGAUAAUCUGCUGUUAUUAAUGCAGAGACAGAUGGUCCAGGGCCGACUUAGAGACGCUGCUCCGAGCCUGGGCGCCGCGCAGCCACGUCUCCCCGAGCAGGGGGUGCGCAGCCCCCCUGAGGGAGCAGAAGUCGACGGAGUAGGGGGCCAAAAUGCUACUGAGGAGCCGGUGGGGGGUUGCGGCAAGACCCUGAGCUCCCCUGCAGAGGACAAUGGCUACGCCAGCAGCUCCCUCAGCAUCGACAGCCCCGACAGCGCCUGCGGGAGCUCCUGGGACCCUCCCAGCACUGCUCCUCUCCCUGGGAGCCCAUCUCAGGCUGUGGUGGCCGAGCCCGAGCCGGGGACCCUCUUCCCAGCGCUGGCAGAGGCCGUGCAGCAUCUCCAGUUCAAGGAGCGCUUCAAGGAACGGGAGAAGGAGAAGCACCACAUCCAGCUGGUGAUGUACCGGCGCCUGGCCUUGCUGCGCUGGAUCCACGGCCUCCAGCAGAAAGUGGUGGACCAGCAGAACCGCCUGCAGGAGAGUUUCGACACCAUCCUGGAUAACCGCAAGGAGCUCAUCCGCUUCAUGCAGCACGGCCCGGCGUGCCGCACCGGCACAGCCGCCCCCAGCCUCUGAGGUGCCACCGGCUCUGCCCUGCCCCAGCCUUCGCCCUCCCGGCUGCUGCAGGGCUGCCCGGUGGCAUCUCCGUGCCGCAUGCUAGUGCGGAGCGCUCGCCGGCGUCUGGGUGCUCGCCUUCUCCUUCCCAUCUCUCUCCAAUGUAGAACCAUUCAUCUCAAAUUUCCCUCUGCGUGGGAACUCGCGUCCCUCUGCGUCACAUCCGUGGGGUGUCAGACAGGGUGAACCCCAACCCCGUGGGCUUUGCUGAGCCUGCGGUGGCGAGGCUCAUCUUUUAAAUCUGGUUUAUGGUCCUUUCUGUGUGCCAGGAUGGGCCCUGCAAGGGAGAAAAGCUUUGCCACAUAACCUGAGCAACGUAACCUUCAGCGCGUGCUCGGGCGUGAGCUCCCUUCACCCCACACACCGCACCCGCACGGCGACAACCCAACCGCCCUCAAAAACACUGCUCGUGCUUUCGGGGCGAGCGCAGUAUCCUGGGCUGCUCCUGGGGACUCGCCCGGCUGCGCCGCUAAUGGAGCGCGGGUAAAAGCUUUGCAGAUAAGAUCUGAACUCCUACAGAGAGAGAGAGAGAGAUUGAGAGAGAGGGGAAAAAAUUAUUCUGAGAAGUGACCUCAGAAUGCCUAAAAGUAAAUGUGUCAACGGAUUCGAACCCAAUCUAUUUUUUUUUUCUUAGAUUCAGUAUUACAGAAACGUUAAUUCAGAUUUAUCCUUGCAGCCAGGGUGUGUUUAUGCACAUCUGUCUGUCGUGGGAGAUGCUUUAGUGGUGCAUGAUCAGGAAGCUGCUUGCGAAGUUGUGCUCUUGGUGUUUAUAUUAAUUUAUUGUUCCAAAGCAAAGACAGUGUUUUUUUUUUCUAAGCUACAUUUUACCCAGUGAGGACUGUGUACAGGGUACAACGAAGUCAUCCUAAAACAGGGAUUAAGUGCUGUGUUUAUUUGCUGUAUUUUGCUCAGUGUUAACAUGACGUGUGUUCCAUUGAAGUUGCUGAUGCUGAGGGAGGGGUGGUUCCACUGCAAAGCCAGGAGGAGACCGCGCUCCCCAUCCCGACCGCGGUCCCUCUGCCAAGCCAGGCUCUAAUUUAGUUUCUCAUCUGCAAAAAGCGGGUGGGGAGAAAUGUCAGAAUUGCUGUUACCCCCAGCCCAACUUUUUCCUUUGCUGGAGAAGCGGAGCUGAGAGUUGGCUGUGACUUUGCGGUGGGACGGCACAGCCCAGCUUCCAUCGAUUGCUGGAUGUUACUGCACUGCAAAUAAAUAACCGUGUGUGAAGCCACCUCCUGUCCCGUAGGUAAUGGGGAAUCUGCAAACCUGCUUCUCAAAAGGGUAUUUUGGAGGUGAAGGCUUCACUCAUCUCCAAGUGACCUGUGCCAACCUCUUCUCCUGGCACUGGAGGAGUCUGGCAGCAUCCCGGCAAGGCUCUCGCUGCCCUCACGCUCACUCCUGUCCAGCGCUGCUGCCUGUGUCGUAUCCCAGACUGUGAUUGUGGGCAUGUCACACACCUUAAUAAAAGCC